AUGCUAACUCAAAUCCCAUUUCAGACCCGUUGGUCUCUCAAUGAAUAUUAUGCUGCAAUAGGUUCUUCAGAGGAUAUUAAUUUAAAUUCACCUCAGCUUGGCUCUUCAAAAAGUGAUGAUUUAAAUAUAUCUUUGACCCGUUGGUCUCUUUUUGAUACGCUUGAUUCUUUUAAAUGUAUUAAUUUAGAUCUUCAGGAUCAAUAUUCGGAUAAUUACUCAUUGGAGUCAAAUACAUUAAAUAAAGAGUUUUCUUCACUAUCUUCAGAAAUCCACCAUGAAGCAUACUUGUAUGAUAAACCAGAUAUGAAUUGUUCAGAUUCUAGUAGUGAAAAUAAAAUCAACAAUGAUAAUGCUAGUAGUCAACGUAAAUAUUUAUUUAAUAUACAGGUGAAUAAUCAAUUUAAUACUUUUGAAGAAAUCAAAAGUAAGCUUGAUAGGUUUGCUAUGGAACGUAGUAGUAAAAUAUCAACUAUUCGAUGUUCUUUAAUUGACAAAGAUUCAGUUCAUAAUCAUCCUAUGGACUCUAACAUUAAAAACAAUGUACCAAAAUACCAACGAUUGACUGAGGAAAUGAUUAAUAAAGUGGAAUUAUAUCACUGGUGCAAUGUUCAACCCAUUAAAAUAAUUCAUUUGCUUGAAAAUGAAUAUCCCGAUCAUUAUAUUAAACCAUGA